AUGGAUCCUUUGUGUGCCAGGAAGUUUUACAGUAUAGAAAGCCUUAAAUGUGCAGGAGUUAGACUACAAACAUUUGUGGAUUGGCCUGUUAAGUGGCUAAACCCUAUUGACUUAGUUGAAGAUGGGUUCUAUUACCUCCGCAAUAGUGAUUACUGUGGUGCUCCUCCCAAGGAAGAUCUGGGAUUGAUAAAAUUUAGGAAAUCGCUGAAUCCAGGAUUGGUAACUUAUAAACGUCGCCUAGAGACAUUUGAUAUGACAUGGCCUGGAAGUGUUAAGCAAACUUCUCAUGAGCUGGCAGAAGCUGGGUUUUUUUACUGUG